AUGGAUCAUUUCGCGCGCGUGUCGCUAGUGGCGGCUUUACUGUACACUAAUACUUGGGCAAAAACCGUGCGGGAGACGCUGCGGAUCACUUGGGAGGAGGGUGCUCCGAAUGGGCAGCAGAGAGAGCUCAUUUACAUCAAUGGGCGGUUUCCUGGUCCAAACCUUGUAUGGGAUGAGGACGACGAUGUCGAAGUGACGGUUAUCAAUGACAUGACCCAAAGUGUUACUGUCCAUUGGCAUGGCCUUGACCAACGACCUAUCCAGCCCGGGGACAGUUUUGUCCACAAAUUCAAGGCAUUUCCACCGGGCAAUCAUUGGUAUCACUCUCAUCAAAAGAUGUCGCUGGUUGAUGGGCUUUACGGAGCAGUUCACGUCCGGCCAAAAGGUGAUCGCAAAGGACUGUGGAGUCAGAUAAGCCAGGACGACAAGGACAUUGAGGCCAUGGAAAAGGCCGCGUGUGACCCCGAAUAUCUAGUCGUUUCAGAUUGGAGCCAGUAUACGUCCGACGAAUACUGGAAAAUUUCAAACGAUUCCGGCCUUCCCGUAUUUUGUCUUGAUAGUAUCCUGGUCAAUGGCAAAGGGGAGGUUUACUGUCCGGGCCAGAAAUUCCUCCAAGGGGAGCUUGCUCCGGGCGUGCUUGAUGCUUUCCCCCCAGGUACCGAGGUAUCAGAUAAAGGAUGUUUCUCGCCGGCUCUUGACCGAAUCAAAGGUGGUCCUUGGAACAUGACUGAACGCCCGGAUCUGAUACCACCACACGUCGAAACUGGCUGCGUUGCAUCUAGGCAUGAAAAUGAAACCAUUGUCGUUGAUCCAGGAAGGAACAACGGCUGGGUGAGCAUGCACAUUGUAGCUGCUGCGACCAUCGCUCAGAUUGCCAUUUCCUUCGAUUCACAUAAGUUUUGGCUGUAUGAGGUUGACGGAAACUAUGUCAACCCCAGAGAGUAUUUCUCAGCAAUCAUUUCUGCUGGAGAAACCUUCUCCAUCAUGAUGAAACUUGACCAGGAACCCGGCAGAUAUACCGUGCGCAUACCCAACACCGGGGCGUCGCAGGUAUUCAGUGCCUUUGCCGAAAUGGUGUACAAGGGACACGAGGAAAAUGACAAGAAGCUGGGGGAGGCCCGUCUGUCCUACGGUGGAGUCCCAACCUCACCAGAAAUAAAGAACAAUUCAUACUUUCCAUGGAAGCUGGAUACAGACCACAUGUCGCCAUGGCCUCCAAGCACACCCCGACCAGGCAACGCUGACGAGGAGCAUCUCCUGGUGCUCGGCCGCGUUGGCAGUCCCAACAAUCACACCAUGAACGCCAAAUACCUGUACCCGCUUGGCUUCCGAGAUGAGGAGCCUCUGCUCUUUUAUCCCAACGCAACGCUUGGCACUGAGAAUGAGGGCCUACUGCUUCGCACUAGAAAUGCGUCUUGGGUUGAUCUCAUCAUGCAAGUUUCUACCUUGGCUGGCGAUGAAGUAGCCUUUAAGCAUUUCAUACAUAAACACGGCGGCAAGACCUGGCGAAUUGGCUUCGGAACGGGCGUCUGGAACUACUCCAGUGUACAAGAAGCCAUUCAAGCUCGCCCCAACGACUUCAACUUGGAGACCCCGGGCUUUCGCGACACAUGGAUCACCGCUCCCUCAGCCAGCGGCGAGAAACACUGGAGUGUUCUCAGGUACUAUGUGGACAAUCCGGGACCAUGGCUCCUUCACUGCCACAUUGAGCUUCACUUGAUGGGUGGAAUGGGCAUGGUCAUUAUGGAUGGUGUAGAUGCCUGGCCUGACCAAUUGCCUGAGCAAUACCGGCUGGGUAAACGCCUCUAG